ACACAAUUAAUUUGCCAGUAAAACGAGAGGCAUGCGCACAGGUUCCUGUCGCUCCCGAGUUAUUCAUCCACCAACAUCAUGACUGGGAGAGUUGUUUUUCUGGGACUUCUGCUCAUCUGUAUGACCGCAGAUGCUGUGGAGAGGUCUGGACUCAUGAGAGAGCCUUUCUGUCCUGACUUGGAGGAGAUUGUGGCGUGCCCCCUGAAUCUGUCUCCUGUAUGUGGGAGCGAUGGAAACACUUAUGCCAACGAGUGUGCCCUGUGUGUCCAGAGACAGUCAACCAAGAUGAACAUUAUGAUUGCCAAAGAGGAGAGCUGCUGACCUCAACACCUGGUGAUGUCACUGCCAAGGGGCCAAUCAGGAUCAAGUCUGUUUGCAACUAUGACUGGAUUCCAGCUGUUCUAAAUAUUUGCCACAAUCAAUAAAUAUCCUUCA